UGUAACAAAAAAAUGGAAAUUUAUAUACUUGUGGAUGUGGAAAAUUUGGUCGCCUUGGACUUGAAAGUAAAGAAGAGGACACGCUAAUGUUUACAGCUGUAAACCUGGCCGGAAAGUUAGGAAAAGUGAAUCAGGUGUCCUGUGGAUCUUGGCAUGCAUCAGCUGUGACAGAAUCUGGUCAGAUUUUCAUCUGGGGCCAUAAAAAAGCUGCUGGGAAUGCUGUUGGUACCAGUACAUCUGAUGGUUCCUUGUCAGGGCUGCCACGCCUCCUGUCAUUUACAGCUGAACUUAGAAUUGCUGGUGUGUCUUGUGGACAUAACUAUACCUAUGCCUGGACUGUGGAUGGUCAAGUGUUUUCUUGGGGAAGUGGACAUUGUGGAGUGCUAGGUCAUGGGUCUGAUAAAGACUUUCUACAACCUACAAAAGUGAAUAAGCUGUCAGAAGUGACAGUGAAAAGUAUUGGGGCUGGUCACAGCCAUUGUGGCAUUGUCACAGCUGAUGGUUUAUUGUUUACUGUUGGUAAAGGACGCGACGGUGCUCUGGGUCUUGGGAAAUCUCUGCUGAAUGAUGUUUUCUAUCCAACUAAAUGUUCAACUGAUGAAGAUAUUAUUGCUGUCAGUUGCAGCAAGGGAGAUCACCAUGGCCACACUUUAGCUCUAACUAAAGAGGGGAAAGUCCUGUCUUGGGGAGAUGGAUAUAAAGGGAAACUAGGACUUGGCCAUCAUAAUGUAAUGUACAGCCCAUCAGCCAUACCUCAAGAAUAUUUCAGUGGUGAGAAGGUGGUGUCCUUAGCUGCAGGGGGCAUUCACUCCUGUGCUGCAACACUGACUGGUAAAGUCUACACUUGGGGAUGUGGAAGCGAUGGUCGCCUAGGCCAUAAAGAUGGAGAAAAGCACAGAUAUUUAUUCCGCUCAGACAUUCCAAGAUUAGUAGAAGAUUUGCCCAAAAAUAGCAAUUAUGUUGCAGUAAGCUCAUCAUAUUAUCAUACAGCUGCACUCAUUGAUUAGUUACACCAAAGUAAAACUAAUGACAUUUUUAUUGAAAACUGUAGAUACAAUUAUGUUAUUGUAACAUUAUCUACGACUAGGAACAACACAAGGAGUCAGACUAAAUCUUCUACAAAGAAUUAAUAUAAAGGGAUAACUGCUACCUACCUUUAAUUAUAAAAUGCAAGUUUCAUAUUUCUGUUGUCAUUCGUAUCAGCACUUUUCAAUAAAGAUCUAAAUAUUUUAUUGUUUACACAUAUUAAUCUUUUAUUUAAAUUUAAACAUGUUCGAUUGAUCUCAGUUUUAUCUUUUUUGCAGUACAAUGUUUACAAUUUACUACUUCAACAAGACUAUUAUUUUCUUUCAUGUAUGCAUAUUGCAGCU